CGCACAUUUUAACCUCUCAGAGAGUCCAACCACAUCAAAUAAAAUCGCAGAAAAGAAGAGAACAAAGUAACUUCAGAUCGUUCACUGUAUCCUCUGAAUCCAACUAUUUAUUUCUCAGAUCUUCAAAAUCCAGUGCUCAUUUCCUAUCCGAUCGAGAUUUGAAAUUGUAAGGUUCGCAAUUUCAAUGGCGGUGAAGGGGAGGCAGUACGGGAGAGGUCCGCCGCGUAAAGGGUCGUCAUCUAUGAUGAUUUUCUCGAUGAUCUUGAUAUUCUCUUUCCUCGUUAUAAUCCUUUUGGCUCUAGGAAUUUUGUCGAUUCCAAGCAGUUCGAAGGGCUCUUCGAAAGCACAUGAUCUCAGCUCCAUCGCCCGCAAUACCAUCACCAAAGGUGAUGAAAAUGAGGAGAGGAAAGAUCAGUGGGUUGAAUUAAUCUCUUGGGAACCCAAAGCUUCCAUUUUUCACAAGUUUUUGUCCAAAGAGGAAUGUGAAUACAUGAUCAAUCUUGCUAAGCCUCAUAUGCAAAAGUCCACAGUUGUUGAUAGCGACACUGGGAAAACUAAAGAUAGUAGAGUCCGCACAAGUUCUGGUACAUUUCUUCCUAGAGGACGUGAUAAAAUUGUUAGGGAUAUUGAGAAAAGGAUUGCAGAUUUCACCUUCCUUCCUGCAGAGCAUGGGGAAGGCCUUCAAGUCCUCCAUUAUGAAGUAGGCCAGAAGUAUGAGCCUCAUUAUGACUAUUUUCUGGACGAGUUUAACACUAAGAAUGGUGGUCAACGAAUUGCUACAGUUCUUAUGUACCUGUCAGAUGUUGAAGAAGGGGGUGAAACAGUAUUCCCUGCUGCCAAAGGAAACUUUAGUUCUGUGCCUUGGUGGAAUGAGCUAUCUGAAUGUGGUAAAGGAGGACUUUCUGUUAAACCAAAGAUGGGAGAUGCAUUACUUUUCUGGAGCAUGAAGCCUGAUGCAACUUUGGAUCCUUUAAGCUUGCAUGGUGGCUGCCAUGUUAUCAAAGGGAACAAAUGGUCAUCUACAAAGUGGAUUCGUGUCCAUGAAUACAAGAUGUAAUUUACCAUAACAGAGGGUCAAGAAUCGGUUCAGAUGCAGUGAUUGUUGUACGGUUUUAUACAAUGGUGACAAGGAUUUCAGCAGCAGUUCCAUCUGCGUCGGCAGAUCAAGUUAAUGAUGCAAUGGUAUCCACAAUCAUGUACAUAUAUCUCAAGUUGCCGCUUUUUGUUGACAUCCCAUCUGUAGAAAUUAUUGUAUUGACUAAAUACGAUGGGAAUUUUCCAUAUAAAUGAUGGAAAUUUACUAACUAAAACUAUGUGAUGAGCGAGCAAAAAGUGAAAACAGAGACUGGGUUGUUUUUAUAUGCAUAAUUUUCUGUCAAGAGUCCAUUUUGUUAUAAAAGCGAAAUGUUUUGUUAUUUGUAUGAUUUUAUGUAAGUAAGGUCUAGUUUAUAGUUUAUUGAGAGUUAAGGGAUUAGCGAUGCAAUUUUAUUUAGGGUACGUGAUUAUCUAUAAAGAUGUCGUGACAUAUCAUUAAAGAUGUCAGCUGUAAUAUACUUUGAUGUUUGGGCU